CCAGUGCAAGCAGCAGCUGGCCGACGGUGCAGCAGCAUGGAGCUUCGGGUCACCUACCUGCUCCUCUGCCUCGGAACCCUCCUGCCCCAGGUCGUGGCCCAGCUGCCAACCCCCAAGACCAAGAAGGCAGCAAACGCCAAGAAAGAUGUUGUGAGCCCAAAAGUGAUUGAGGAGCUCAAGACGCGGCUGGACAACCUGGCCCAGGAGGUGGCUCUGCUGAAGGAGCAGCAGGCUCUGCAGACGGUCUGCCUGAAGGGCACCAAGGUGCACAUGAAGUGCUUCCUGGCUUUCGCCCAGGCCAAGACCUUCCACGAGGCGAGCGAGGACUGCAUCUCGCGCGGGGGCACGCUGAGCACCCCGCAGACCGGCUCGGAGAACGACGCGCUCUACGAGUACCUGCGCCAGAGCGUGGGCACCGAGGCCGAGAUCUGGCUGGGCGUCAACGACAUGGCGACCGAGGGGGUCUGGGUGGACAUGACCGGCGGCCGCAUCACCUACAAGAACUGGGAGACCGAGAUCACCACGCAGCCCGACGGCGGCAAGGCCGAGAACUGCGCCGCGCUGUCGGGCGCGGCCGCGGGCAUGUGGUUCGACAAGCGCUGCCGCGACCUGCUGCCCUACGUCUGCCAGUUCGGGAUCGUGUAGCUGCCGGGGCGGGGUGGGGCGGGGCCGGGGCGGGACUGGAGAAGGGAGGAGCCUGGUUGAGGCAGGGA